AUGGUGAGAGCUCGAAUCGGAUACGGAAACGGUAACCCACAGUCCGAGCCACAAGUGAUUGAGCUUGCGCUAGAGGUAGCAGUUGCACCUGAGCCAAUCAAGAUGGCAGGAGUACAGGAAAUGGUGCGAAUGAUGUUGGAUCAACAGAUGGAAGAGACAAGGGUGUGUUACGAAUGUAAUGAGGAAGGGCACUUCGAGAAAGACUGCCCAAAGAGGAAAGGAACUACAAAGCCAAAUGCACCGCUGGAGCACUAUGGGAGAUGCUAUGAAGGAGUGACUUUUUUAAAGUGUGGGAAGACUGGGCAUUACGCCAAUGACUGUACAUCCAACAAGAGGUUAUGUUACGUAUGUAGGGACAAUUGGAAUAUGUCAAAAGAUUGCCCGAAGAAAAACAAAUUAGUAAAUGCGCUAAAGCCAAAGGCAAGAGCAUUCCAAAUGAUCCUUGACGAAACAGGUGUCAAUGCAAGGGAUCAGGAAUAA